UGCACAAUCAGACGCUAAAAUCAUUAGUCGUAUAUAGCAUUUAAUUUGGAAGGACAGUGUGACUUUACUGCAAUAGAAGUCCUCUUAUCUUAUCAGUCAAUUCAAACCGAAGACAACACAGAGAAUUACGCAAGAAGAACAUGAAGAAGGUGAAAACGAUAAAAUGGAUGUCACCACGUUUCUAUUUUCAAUGAUAUUAAUUUUCCACUUUUCUGCAAGUUAUGUGACCAACUCUGAAAAUAAUGAUUGGCAGAUGACAAUGGAAGCCCGCCUUUCUUCUCUGGAGAGGACUCUACAACAGAAUAUGAAAAUCAAUAAUCAACUCCUGGAGGAAAAUAAGGCGCUAAAGACACUCGUGGAGGACAACAACAGAAGAAAUACUGAGUUGUCGAUAAAGGUCGAGAAUCUCGAAAGAACUAUUCGUGGUAUCCAAACCAAUCGAAAGGACACUCAAAUACGUCCCAAGAUAUAUAAUCUCCCGGAAAGUGUUAGUGGUAGUGAAGAUGGCUUACGAACAAGUUUAAUUAAAAACCAAACAGGUAAUUACGGAGCAGAUCAACAAUUUACGACAAAUGCAACCAAAGUACCAAGGAAAAGGAUAGUUCCACCGACCCCUGAUUCUGCCACAGAAAACAUAGCUUUCCAUGCCUUCAUGUCUACCGAUACAGCGUCUGGUCUUCGUCAACAUCACACCUUAAUCUUUGACAAGGUCAAGGUCAACAAAGGUCAAGGUUAUCACAAGGACGAUGGUAUAUUCAUCAUACCCAAAAUCCGGAGUUUAUGUAUUUGCAUGGACUGGUCCUCUGUAGAGAUUGUCGUCAACGGAGAAAUUGCUGGAUCGACUUUUGCUGAUGGGGGCACUGCAUCCUUUGAUGUUGUGACGGGUCUCGUUGUUGUCGAGGUUAACGUCGGAGAUCAUGUUUAUAUUCGUAUGCAUGAAAAUGGGGUUAAUGUUGUAAACAGCAAUGGUAGAGCACGGACGACUUUUUCGGGAUGGCGUCUCUUUUAA